CGGUCACGUGAGCACAGAGAAACAUGGCAGCGGUCUGAGAGAGAGAGGUGUAUUGAGAGGCUGUGUGAAACAUUAGUGCAGUAGGAUCCGCGGAGCUGGAUUUACCCCCGUGCUGAGCUGUAAGAUGCAGAAGAUCAAGUCUCUGAUGUCCCGCCAGGGCUUGAAAAGCCCUCAGGAGAGUAUGGCAGAUAUGAGCCCUGUAGAGAACUUCAGGAUCCCCAGCAAGGAGGAGCUAAGGGAGCUUAGGGAGCAGCCCAUCGAUCCCCAGGCUGAGCAGGAGCUCAUUGACAGCAUAGAGGAGAUUUACUUCUCCAACGACUCCUUUGACAUGGUUCAGUAUGAGCUUGAGAAACUCCCCCCAGAACUGAACCUGCAGGAACUGGAAGAGUACAGAGAUAAGCUGAAACAGCAGCAAGCAGCCGUGUCGAAAAAAGUGGCAGACCUCAUUCUAGAGAAGCAGCCAUCCUAUGUGAAGGAGCUGGAACGAGUUACGUCCCUCCAGACCAACCUGCAGCUGGCCGCAGUCAUCUGCACCAACGCUAGGAGGCAGCUGAGCUCUGCUAAAGAGGGCUUCACAGAAGCUAGUCUAGGGCUCCUAGCCAACCAGAGACGGAGACAGCUGUUGACAGGAUUGCUGAAGUCGUUAAGAACCAUAAAGACUCUGCAAAGAACAGAUGUUCGACUCAGUGAGAUGCUGGAGGAGGAGGACUAUCCAGGUGCGAUCCAGUUGUGUUUGGAAUGCCAGAAGGCUGCCAGCACUUUCAAGCACUACAGCUGCAUCAGUGAGCUAAACUCAAAGCUGCAAGACACCCUGGAACAGAUUGAGGAGCAACUGGAUGUGGCUCUGUCCAAAACCUGCAAGCACUUUGAUGUCUCGCACUACACCAAAGUUCAGCUUGCAUACACACUCCUGGGCAAGACGCAGACUGCUAUGGAUCAGCUCCACAUGCACUUUACCCAGGCCAUUCACAACACAGUGUUCCAGGUGGUGCUGGGCUAUGUGGAGCUGUGUGCUGGCAACGCAGAUACCAAGUUCCAGAAGAUGCAGUACAAAGAUCUCUGCACGCACAUCACUCCAGACAGCUACAUCCCCUGCCUGACGGACCUCUGCAAGGCUCUGUGGGAGGUAAUGCUCAGCUACUACCGGACCAUGCAGUGGCACGAGGAGCAUGACAAAGAGGAGGCGGCUGUCCCUGAUGCAGAUGGAACAAAUAGUGAAAGCCCCGGCGAUUCUACAGUGGGUCGCAGCUAUGUGAAGAAGAAGCUGGAGCAUGGCCUCACCCGCAUUUGGCAGGACGUCCAGCUAAAAGUGAAAGCCUAUUUACUCGGCACAGACAUGUCCAACUUCAAGUACGACGACUUCAUUGUGGUGCUGGAUGUUAUCAGCAGGCUAAUGCAAGUGGGGGAAGAGUUCUGUGGCAGUAAGUCAGAGGUGCUGCAGGAGUCCAUUAAGAGGCAGAGUGUGAAUUACUUUAAGAACUAUCACAGAACUCGCCUGGAGGAACUGAGGAUGUUUCUGGAAAAUGAAACGUGGGAGUUGUGCCCUGUGAAGUCCAACUUCAGCAUUGCCCAGCUUCAUGAGUUUAAGUUCAUGGGACAAUGCCGAUCUCCAUCAGUUUCCCCAAGCCGACAGCCGACUUCCAGCGAGCCUGUGGAGCUCUCCCUGUUUGAGCAGUUUGUUCAAGGAGGAAACCCUUUUGAGAUGCAGAUAGACAAUAAAGAAGAGGAGACUGAAGAUGUCUUGGCCUCCAAUGGGUAUGAGUCAGAUGAGCUGGAGAAGAAUGUAUAUCAGGACUAUGACAGUGACAGUGAUGUGGCGGAAGAGCUGAAGCAGGACUAUGUGGAUGAGCAGACCGGAGAUGUUCCUGCUAAAAGCGUGUCCAGAGAGACGCUGCGCAGCAGAAAGAGGUCCGACUACAAUCUGAACAAAGCCAACGCCCCCAUUCUGACCAACACCACCCUCAACGUGAUCCGGCUGGUUGGCAAGUACAUGCAGAUGAUGAACAUUCUAAAACCCAUCGCCUUUGAUGUCAUCCACUGCGUUUCCCAGCUUUUCGACUAUUACCUGUACGCAGUCUACACCUUCUUCGGCCGGAAUGAAAUGCAUGCUACUUGUCCAUCCACACCCGUCCCAGGUGGCCAGCCGGGAGGCUCCAGACAGGUGCCCCCCGGCUGCUGGUAUGAAUCACCAGGGCUGGGUCUGAUCAGCAGCAGACUGAGGACUACGCUCAACCGCAUCCAAGAGAGCCUCAUAGACAUGGAGACAGGAGGGGAAAGUAUAGGCCCCCAUGGACCCACAGAGGAGAGGAAGGAGAAGGUACCCAGCCCUCACCUGAGCCAGCUGGUGGUGCUGACGGCCAGCGGGACACUCUACGGCCUGGCUGAGAGAGUGGUCGCCACAGAGUCGCUAGUGUUCCUGGCCGAGCAGUUUGAGCUCCUGCAGCCUCAUCUGGACACCAUGAUGCCUCCAGCCAAGAAACCCUUCCUCCAGCAGUUCUACUCACAGACGGUGUCCACGGCCAGCGAGCUGCGCAAGCCCACUUACUGGAUCGUGGCAGCCAAAGCCAUCGAUUAUGAGCAGAUGCUGCUGCUGAUGGCGGGAGUGAAAUGGGACAUUAAAGAGAUAAUGUCACAGCACAAUGUCUAUGUGGAUGUCCUUUUAAAGGAGUUUGAGCAGUUUAAUAAAAGGCUUGGAGACGUCUCCAGACAAGUCCGGAUCCCUUUGCCGGUGUCCAACGUCCUCUGGGAGCACUGCAUCCGACUGGCCAACAGAACGCUAGUAGAGGGCUAUGCUAAUGUGAAGAAGUGCAGUAACGAGGGACGAGCCCUGAUGCAACUGGACUUCCAGCAGUUCCUCAUGAAGCUGGAGAAACUGACUGACCUCAGGCCCAUCCCAGAUAAGGAGUUUGUGGAGACCUACAUUAAAGCUUACUACCUGACUGAGAAUGACAUGGAGCAGUUCAUCAAGAACCACAGGGAAUAUUCCAUGAAGCAGCUGGCCAACCUGGUCAACGUGUGCCUCGGCUCCCACAUCAACAAGAAGGCCAGGCAGAAACUCCUCGCAGCUAUUGAUGACAUUGACCGACCAAAAAGAUAAACAGCAGCCGGGCGCACGGGCAAAAAGUGGAAUCACAGUGGGAAUCAUAUACACGGUUAUUAAUGUGCAGAAUAUUCCAGCAUGCAGGACUAGCAUUUUAUCUUCAACAAAUGUUUCUGCUGCUUUUUUUUUGUGCACAACUGUUGUUGUUUUUUUUUCUUCUUGUUUUGCGAAUGUAACCAGCUUUCACUAUUACACCACAGGACACUGGUCUAUUAAUAGCUCUUUCAUAGCUGCACAUACAUCAGUUAACUGACUAUCCAGAUGAACGAGUGAAUGACACUUAUUAUUAUUAAAAUAUAAAUGUAAAAAAAUAUAUAUAAUAAAAAUGAAAAACAAUAGGAGAUGCUGAUGGUUCAACAAGGAUCUUUGUGAGCCUGAGAAACUCUAUUUGUAGGUGAAGGUUUGAUGUUUUCAAAUGUUGCAUGGACACUUAAAAAAAAUGCUGAAAAUUAUUCAUUUCUAUCCAUUGGAGGGUGAAAAAACCUGGGAUUAGGUCUGUCAGGAUAAUUAUUUUUUAUGGAGGGUAUUUUGUCCUAGAAUACCAAUAUUUAAAUAUUGAUAGUCAAUAUUAUAAUAGUUUUAGGUCUAUUGUAUGCCAUUUAUAGUGACUGAAAUAUAAGAAAAAAUGCAAUUAUACCCUAUUAGUGAGCAAUUGCAUUUGAAUUAUUAAUAGUUUGGAAAAUGUAUGUUUUUUGGCUAUUAAUAUAGCCUGUUAGAAGUUUGCAGUAUAUAUUCAAAUGCUGUUUAUUUUAGAUAGAAAGACUGGCCAUAAAAAAGGUUCAUUCUCAUGAAAAAAAAAACACAAUGUGCAAUAUUGAGGUCUGAAAAAAUGAUUGAGGUCAUUUCCAUAUAUUACACAAUAAGUCAUUAAUGUAAUUAUCGUGACAGACCUACCUGGGAUGCCGUCAUGUGUGAUCGUAUGGUUAGUAUGUUUGUUUGUUGAACCCUGUUACUCUUACUAAUCUGUCUGCUCUGUGUUAAAACAUAUUUAGUCCUUUCGUUUUGUUUUGUUUUGUUUUGCUUUUUAAAAAAAUAAAUGAUUUUAUUAUUAUUUAUCCCAAUGAUUCAUAUGUAUGUAGUUGACUGAUGUAUCAGUCACAGUUUGGACAGUUCCUUUUUUGUUUGUAUUGUUUUUGUUUGUUCAUUUUCACAAAAUAAUAUCAAUCUUAAAGUUUCGGCUGCUCUUCCUGUACUUGUAUGUGUAAUUCUACUCUAUGAACAUGAUAACACUUGGCUGCAGGACGUCAGUCUACACAGGGUGUCCGUGACGCAGACGGUUUAUAUACUGUAUAUGUGAGUGGCAAAACAGCAUUCUAUUUAUUUCAGCAGCUACUGUAAUUUUGUACACCCAGGUCGAUCCAGCAAACUUGAUCUGUAGAUCUGUCAUAAAAGUAGAAUUAUCUUGCUGUUACUCUGUAGUGGUCUGAAACAAAGUAUUACAGCACUGUCACUCAAAAAAAAACUUGUAUUUCCACAGUUUGUGGUCUAAUUUGUAUCUGGCAUGAUGAUAGAACCAAUAGACGCUCUCUAAAAUAACUUGAUGUGAAUCUUUUUUUUUUUUUCCAUCGACUUCCAUUUAAAAUUAAGCAAGUUGUUUCUUCUCCUGUAAUGUUUUAUUUUAGAGAUACAAGGUUUCUGUGUGACAGAAAUGAUUACAUAUGUAUUUUAAUAAUUGAUUAACACAAUGAAGAAAAUAACGUCCACGAAAAUAAAUACACUAACAUGAAUGUUA